AUGUCCAGCGAGAUACUUCGAUGCGCGGAUCUACACAACAACAUCGUUCGAUUCGGAUGGCACGUCACCUCGGCGCCCUUCGUCUCCUUCUGGGAGAAGCAUUCACACCACCAACCGAGGAUCGAAGAGCUUGCGAGUGAGGACGUGAUCGCUUUUUAUAAGAAAGCUCUGGUACCAGCGGGAACAAUUUCGGCAGAGGAUCCAUACCAAAAUCUGUUUUACUACAUACAAGGCCUUUCUCGACCAUGGGACAAUCUACCUGGAGACUCACCGGAUAGGUUGAAAUAUAGGGGGAAUGGCCGCCGCUACAUCCUGUUCUACAUGGCCACCAGUGUUCUUGGUGGCCAUCAGGGCGGCAUAAUUCUCGAUCAGCAAACUGGCCUGGCGUCCGUGCAGCCAGACUUCCUCUCCGUGGAGCCGUGUAUCAUGGCGUGGCAGCCUCUUUCCGCAAUUCUCGCCACCUAUCUCGGUCUGAUCACGCUGGGAAAGAUCAGUCCCGCAAACUACAAGCCCGCCUCAGAACCACCAAGACCUGGGAGAAUAGGGCCGCCAUACCCCUGGAAAUAUCACUCGUACUCCUCGKAGAUCCUCGUAAGAACUCUCAACGCCUACCAUGGCUUGAUCUCCGCCAUCGAAGCGGCACUCGAUGUCCCCACACGAGAGCGAGACCACGAGCUGACAGUCUAUCUCYCCACUCACUCCAAUCUUGACGCUGCAGGCUUCCCAAAAGCUGCCUUCGCCCGCUCCUUUCUGACUAGAGCUCGACGUCCACGCGGUCCAAAACGCAUUCAAUUCAUUGCGCCUGGGAUUGAACUUCCUUCCACUACAUCCAUCAGGAACCAGCCCUUCAAAGCUGUGGCGAAGAGACAUCGGUUCGCAAGUGUGGUGCCAGGACUGCCAUCUAUUAAUGACGAAGAUGAGAGCAAUCCACUAUAUCCCCCUUUUCUGCUCUUCCCUGGGCUCGGUGUCAGGGCCAAGAAAGAUUCAGGAGAUGACACCGUUUUCGCAGCGCCUUUCAAUCAGCUGGAGGACUGUCCUGUCGGGCUGUGGGUUGACAAGGCGGAACCAUGGAGUGGGAGGGGUGGCGAGGACGAAGCUGUGGUGGUUUUACCUCUUGAGCCUCCGCGACGUGGCCAUGCAACAUUCGAGGCAGGAACGAAAUUACCACUCUUCGCAGUGCUCGAGGAGUGGACAGGACUGGUAGAAAGUGGACAGUGGAAAGUGGAUGAUAGAGGCGUGGUGGGCGAUAUUGAUCUUUUACAGGACGAGAAAAGUGAGACAAGGGGUCGCACCAGAACGAGAGACGUAUGA